AUGGAGGCACCUCCAGUCACCAUGAUGCCUGUCACUGGGGGCACCAUUAACAUGAUGGAGUACCUGCUGCAGGGAAGUGUUUUAGAUCACAGCUUGGAAAGCCUCAUCCACCGCCUUCGUGGUUUAUGUGACAACAUGGAACCCGAGACUUUUGUUGACCACGAGAUGGUAUUCCUCCUUAAGGGCCAGCAGGCCAGUCCCUUUGUUCUAAGGGCCCGACGCUCUCUGGAUAGGACAGGGGCACCCUGGCAUCUUCGCUACCUGGGGCAGCCAGAGAUGGGAGACAAGAACCGCCAUGCCCUGGUGCGUAACUGCGUGGACAUUGCAACAUCUGAGAACCUCACUGACUUCCUCAUGGAGAUGGGCUUUCGCAUGGACCACGAGUUUGUUGCCAGGGGACACUUGUUCCGGAAAGGCAUCAUGAAGAUCGUGGUGUACAAGGUCUUCCGCAUCCUGGUGCCAGGCAACACGGAAAACACUGAGGCCUUGUCACUGUCCUAUCUCGUGGAACUAAGUGUUGUUGCACCAGCUGGGCAGGACGUGGUCUCUGAUGACAUGAGGAACUUUGCGGAGCAGCUGAAACCUCUGGUUCACCUAGAGAAAAUAGACCCCAAAAGGCUCAUGUGA